UAAUAAUUUGGAAGUCCCUGAAUGAAAUAACCCAGUGCCCACAGGCCCACACCACCCUCAUUGCCGGUCACCACACAAGCUCCUCUCCUCAACCAUCCUCCUCCUUCCCUUCUCGAGCGCAGACAGAAAUGGCUGCCAUCAGCGCCACCACAGUGACCUCAACAGUUGCACGCGUUGCCGUGCCCAGGCGACUCACCGGCAUCUCCUUGUCACCGGUGUUAGGAUUGCCUCAGAUUAGAGUUAGAGGUGGAAGGUUGAGGUGCUCCUCGGAGCUGAAGCCAUCCGUCGCCGGUGGGACGUCGACGGGAGUGUCAUGGCUUGCAGCUGCAAGCGUGAUGAGCGUGUCAAACCCAGUCCUGGCCCUGGUUGAUGAUAGGAUGAGCACCGAAGGGACGGGGCUCAGCCUGGGAAUCAGCAACAACCUGCUGACUUGGAUCCUGGUUGCUGUGUUUGGUCUCAUCUGGUCCCUCUACUUUGUGUACACCUCUACCCUUGAAGAGGAUGAGGAAUCUGGACUGUCCCUCUAAGCCCUUAUGUAAACAAAUGGAAGCUUGUUUGGUGGUGAACUUAAGAAUUUAAUCAUCUGUAUGAAAGCUCUUAACAUUGUUUCUCAGUGUUGUGUUUUCUUGA